AUGGCCGCUGACCUUCUUAAAACCAUGCACCAGGAGUUGGUGACCUUUAGGGAUGUGGCUGUAGACUUCUCCAAAGAGGAGUGGGAUUGUCUAAAUUCUUCUCAAAGGCAUCUGUACAGUAAUGUGAUGUUGGAGAACUACAGGAUCUUGGUAUCACUGGGACUUUGUUUUUCUAAGCCAAGUGUGAUAUUAUUGUUGGAACAAGGAAAAGAGCCCUGGAUGGUGAAGAAACAGCUGGCAAAAGACUUGUGUUCAGGUUGGGAAUCUGUGUGUGAAAGUGAAGAGUUAAACCAAAAGCAGGACAUUUGUGAAGCACAGUCAUCCCUGAAGAUAAUAGCAAAAUUUAAAAGCUGUGGUCUUGAGUACUCCAAUUUGAGAGAAGAAUGGAAGUGUGAGGGCCAUUCUGAGAGGCAACUAGUGAGUCAGAAGUCAUAUUUCAAAGAAGAGACCAUUACUAAUGAAGGAGCCUUUGUUUAUGAGAGAGGACAAGAAUAUAAUAAAUCUUGGCAAAGUUUCCAUCAGAACAUACUGCUUCAUACACAACAGAUAACUUCAAAAGAGGAGAAAGUACAUAAAUAUGACCCACAUAAGAAAAGCUUUAAAUAUAACUUAAUGGUUAUUAAACCCAAGAAUAUCUAUACACAGAAGAAACUUUUGAAAUGUAAUGACUGCGAAAAAGUUUUCAGCCAAAGCUCAUCCCUUAUUCUUCAUCAAAGAAUUCAUACUGGAGAGAAACCCUAUAAGUGUGUACAUUGUGGGAAGGCCUUUAGCCAGAGAUCAAAUCUUGUUCAACAUCAAAGAAUUCAUACUGGAGAGAAACCCUAUGAAUGUAAGGAAUGCAGGAAAGCAUUCAGUCAGAAUGCACACCUUGUUCAACAUCUGAGAAUUCAUACUGGAGAAAAACCUUAUGAAUGUAAGGUGUGUGGAAAAGCCUUUAGCCAGUUUUCCUAUCUUGCUCAACAUCAGAGAGUUCAUACUGGAGAGAAACCCUAUGAAUGUAUUGAAUGUGGGAAAGCAUUUAGUAAUAGAUCAUCCAUUGCUCAACACCAGAGGGUUCAUACUGGUGAGAAACCUUAUGAAUGUAAUGUGUGUGCGAAAGCAUUUAGCCUUCGUGCAUACCUUACUGUACAUCAGAGGAUACAUACUGGAGAGAGACCCUAUGAAUGUAAUGAAUGUGGAAAGGCAUUCAGUCAGAAUUCACACCUUGCUCAACAUCAGAGAAUUCAUACUGGAGAAAAACCUUAUAAAUGUCAGGAAUGUAGGAAAGCAUUCAGCCAGAUUGCCUACCUUGCUCAACAUCAAAGAGUUCAUACUGGAGAGAAACCCUAUGAGUGUAUUAAAUGUGGGAAGGCUUUUAGCAAUGAUUCAUCCCUUACCCAACAUCAGAGAGUUCAUACUGGAGAGAAACCUUAUGAAUGUAAUGUUUGUGGAAAGGCUUUUAGUUACUGUGGAUCCCUUGCUCAACAUCAGAGAAUUCAUACUGGAGAGAGACCCUAUGAAUGUACAGAAUGCAAGAAAACUUUUAGGCAGCAUGCACAUCUUGCUCAUCAUCAGAGAAUCCAUCUUGGUUUGUCAAUUACCACCUAA